GCCACGCUCUGCUGCCAUUUUUGGACCAGGAAAGCAGCUUACGCCUCCCUCCUCGGACGUUGCACGACGCCCCGGGACGGCUGGUGCCCAACCUCUCCAGCUCGAGCGCUCCCAACCAUGUCUGCCUCCUACAACCCCCUCCAGACCGAGGACCACCAAAUCGAGGCGGACGCCGCCUACGCGCGGCGCCUCCAGGCCGAAGAGAGGCGUAGCGCGACGACGCAGUCGCCCCUGCACGACGUCAGCGAAAUUAGUAGAAACCACGCGGCGGCGCCCGAACUGCGGUUGCCGACGAUCCCGUCACCAGCAAAGCUCGUCGAGGGCCUCAGCCGCGAGCAGACGGCGGGCGCGGUGUUUGCUGCGUUCGUCGCCGUGAAACUGGGCCUGGGCCCGGCCUUCGCGCAACUGACGUGCGUCGCGCUGGGCCUGGCCGUCUUCCGCGUCGCGCGGAAAGUCGCCAAUUUAGACGACGAGGGCGCGUUCCGGGCGGCCUUUUCUGCCUCACUAUGUCUUGCAUUCGUUAUCGCCUGCGUCGGGGUCACUGCCGCCGACGUCUGCGCUUUGUUAGCAUUAGGAGCGGCGGCGACGAAGCCUCCACAAUCAUCUUUUACUGGAGACGCUUUGAAGACUGUAUUGAAGGCCGAGCGCAAGGCGACGCGAGGCCCGAAGCCGCGGGACUUCUGGGGCAAGCUGCAGCGGAAAUUCACGAGCGCCGUCGACGACUUCUUUGCGACUUUACAGGAUAGAGCCGCGGACGUGCGCUUUUAUGAUUGUGAUUUAUUUAUGGUCUGUAAAGUCACACCACCGGGCGCGGAUCCCGUGUGGUUGGUGGGAGCGUUUUAUCAAUGGCACAACGCGAACGCGGUCGCGGUCUACGUCAACCGGUGGUUGGCGGACUUUGCUUCUGCGCACGCCGCGGCAACUAGAAGGAGAGGUGCGGCCCAACAGAUGCUCAUCCGCGUGCCGCCCGGCGCGCGCGCGGGCCAGCGCUUCCGCGCGAACACGCCGCGGGGAGACUCGAUCGAGUUCGUCGUGCCGAACGGCGCGGCGGCGGGAGACGUGAUCGUGGUCGCGUACUGA